UAAACUCAUUCAGUUUAACAAGCACAUCACACACAAUAUGAAGUGGUUUUCGUUCUCGCUGCUGCUGGCAGUAAUUUCAAUGUUUGCACUCUUGGAGGCAGCUCCAUCUGGUCAAAUACGAGUACGCACCCAAGUCACACAGCGAGUGCAUGUGAGAAAUGGCAACAUCAAGUGGAAUGGCGAUUGUCACAAUUGCAACAUACGCACCACAAAAAACACCGCUGAAGUGACGAGUACAAGGCGCAGAGAAUACGUGCGUCGAUUCUAAUAUCUAGUAGUAGUAGUAAUAAAUACUUAUUUAUGCCCACGAAAAAAAACA